UAAGGGGGAGCGGCACGCGACCCUUGGGAAAUCAUAGUUGCUGGUUGGAGGCGGCGCCGAGAGGGUAGUCGGUCUUUGCCGCGUGAAAGGAGCAAACCCUAACCCUAGAUCUCAAAUGGCGUCGUUCGCGGAGGCUCCUCCCGGCGAUCCGAAGGCCGGGGAGAAGAUCUUCAAGACCAAGUGCGCCCAGUGCCACACCGUCGAGAAGGGGGCCGGCCACAAGCAAGGACCUAAUUUGAAUGGACUUUUUGGGAGGCAAUCUGGUACUACACCUGGCUAUUCAUACUCUUCUGCAAACAAGAACAUGGCUGUGACGUGGGAGGAGUCAACUUUGUAUGAUUACUUGCUUAAUCCUAAAAAGAAUCAGGCUGAUCAUUAGGAAAUGGUGGAAAACUUGGCUGAUAUGGGGUUUCCAAUGAGCUUCUAAAAUGACUAGGUACAUGAUCUUUUAGUUUUUCUUUUCUCUCUCAUAAAUGGAGUGUGGACCAUGCUUAGGGUUGUCAUCAUGCUAGCUGGGCUUACGCCAAACCUUAACCUGAUCUGGAACCAUAGGCUUCAUGAAUUGGGCAUGGUACCAACUGUAUAUGUCACUCCUCUUCGUUCUUGUCAAGUGGCUAUAUUGUUAGCUUUGUUUUUAAAGUUUUUUUUUACAUCUAUUGGUUUUCUUUUUUUUUUUCUUUUCCAUGUCGUGCAAUUUUAAGUUAGAAAAUUAAAAUAGUUUAGAACCUGAAGAAGGCUUGUUGGAGUUUCAUCAUUGGAGAUGAAACAGGAAUGGCUUAGUAAUCUUGUUAACUAGGAUGUGUUUUACAUGAUUGAUAGUGAAUUGUGGUGGUAUAUGGCGAGGCAGAAUGUCUACCAUGAUCCACCAUUGUAAGCUAGAUAAAAUUUGAUUUGAUUUUGUUGUAUAGCUAGACUAGUAGGUAACCAGCUUGUUCUUGCUACUGGAUCUAGUGCCAAGGCAGCUAAAGUUUGCAAGAAUCAUUUUUAUUGGUCGCAACACUUUUCAUGUAACUAAGGAGUUUAUAGCUUAGUGAACUUGUGAGCUAGGUUAUAUUUUAUAGUUAAUGGUGUAUGCUGGAAAGUGGAAUGUCCACCAAGAUUCACCAUGAUAAGUUGGAUAUGUCUUGAUUUGAUAUAGUUGUGCUGUAAACUAGUGGCUCACUAGCUUGUUCUACCUACUUGACCUAGUACCUUGGCAGCUAAGGUCAGCAUGUAUAAGUUUUAAUGAUGUGAACACUUUUUUGUUUGGGGAAAAGAAAACAUGGCUAGCAGCAUCCACAUUGACAAACAAUGUUGACACUUUCAUGGAACGAAGAAGCUAACAACAAAGUAGUUGAUACCAAUGCCGGCGGAACCAAUUCGAACCGGCCAGUUCCGUCCGUUUCGAAUUGUACCGGUGGCUUAGAAAACGAGACGCAUUCCCGGAGACGGAGAAGGAGAAGGAAAGAGAGAGCGAGCGGGGAAGGGAGGGAGGGAGAGGAUGCUGGCGGAGCCCGGUGUAGGCCGUGAGGGGGCUAGCGCCGGCGAAGAAGGCCUCUUAAGCGAAACAAACGGUCGGUCACUUAAAAAAAUUCAUGAUUCGUAAGUAAAGUUAGCAAAUCGAUUGUCGACUUCACUUACGAAUUCACAAAUUUUUUAAGCAGCCUUUUUCUCUAGCACCGGCCCCCUUGCAGCCUCCGUCGAGCUCCGCCGACUCUCCUUCGGCGUUCUCUCCCUCCCUGCCUCUCUCUCUCUCUUUUCCUCUCUCGUUUUGCCACUCCCUUGUCUGUUCACUGUGUUGGUACGGGCUUGGCACGAUGCGGGCCCAUACCAAACUGUCCUGUCGAAGAACCGGUACAGAGUCCGGUACCGAUUUCUCCGAUCUUGGUUGAUACAUUAGUUGGUGGGAAAUGCACAUGGGACCUUGAGAGCGUGGCAAUGGGUGUCUAUAACCUGUUUCCUGAAUGUAGCCAAAAUUCUUUACUUGAGAUCCAAGGAAAUGAACUUGAGUAGCUUCUAGGUUGUUUGGGUCCUAGAAGCACAUGCUAGAAGCUUUCAGCCGGGUCCGGUACCUAUAAGAGGGAAUUGAUUUGCGAGAGCGAGAGGGCAGAGGGUCAUAGGGCACAAUCCAUACCGGAUUAAAGAAUGGCCUCUUGUAGUCUUUUUUUUUC